CGGCAAACAUGGGUAUGGGUGUGGGUACCGGUAUGGGGCAGAACCUUGGUAUGGCGGGUGGCAUGCUGCAGCAACAAUUCUCUACGGGGGAUACAGGGUUUGACCAGGGCGCCGUGAGCUACGAGAUGCUUCAGUCAUUUAUGCAGCGGAACGUGGACAGCGCCGGGGGCGGAGGGGGUAGCUGAGGUCAGUCGUUAUUCCUAUGACAUCCUUGGCAGACAGAUGGUGGCUCGAUGUACUUAUAAUGUAUGAGUGGAGUGUAACUGUGUAAGAGUACAGUACCUUCCGUGACA